GGUAUUUCCUAACACUAGCAAAUUGGCGUUCUUCUUUUUAAAUGAGUUUGGCUUGUUUUUGUUUAUUUAUGAGAAUAAGAAUAAAAAGUGAAUGUAAAUCAAAGUAAACUAUGCUGCCAUAUCGAAAUUUUGGAGAAACCAUCGAUGAAUAUGAAGUACAGCACCUGCUGGGUAAAGGAGGCUUCGCCUGUGUUUAUAAGGCCAAAUGCCUGCGUACCCAUCAAAAUGUGGCAAUAAAAAUGAUUGACAAGAAGCUCAUACAGGGCUCAGGCUUAUCGAAUCGCGUUAGACAAGAAGUCGAAAUACAUUCCAGACUGAAGCAUCCGUCGGUGUUGCAGCUGUACACGUUUUUCCAGGACGCCAACUAUGUCUACUUAAUCUUAGAACUGGCCGACAAUGGUGAGCUGCAUCGCUACAUGAACCAGCAAAUGAAGCGUCCCUUCACUGAGGACGAAGCGUCUUCUAUACUGCGGCAGGUUGUAGAUGGUUUACUGUACUUGCACUCGCACAACAUCAUGCAUCGAGACAUAUCGCUUUCCAAUUUGCUGCUCAGCAAGGAUAUGCACGUAAAGAUCGCCGACUUUGGCCUGGCAACCCAGUUGAAGAGGCCCGACGAACGGCACAUGACUAUGUGUGGUACUCCUAACUAUAUUUCCCCCGAAGUUGUGUCCCACAUGUCCCAUGGUUUGCCUGCUGAUCUCUGGGGUGUUGGCUGCAUGCUUUAUACGCUCUUGGUGGGGCGUCCGCCAUUCGACACAGACGCUGUACAGUCGACACUCAAUAAAGUGGUACAUUCUGACUAUACAAUGCCAGGACAUUUGUCCUAUGAAGCACGCGAUUUAAUCGACAAGCUUUUGAGAAAGAAUCCGCAUGAGCGCAUUUCCUUAGAGCAGGUGCUCAGGCAUCCAUUCAUGUCGAAGGCAGGCGGCAGCACAAUAUCCUAUACAACGCCAGGCUCAUCAGUAGAUUGUUAUGGUCAAAGCAUUGCAAGCGGCGAUAGCGGCAUCGUGACAUUUGCGAGCAAUGACUCAAAAAACUCGCAACGGCUACGCUCAGUGGAACAGCAAUCCAUGCCUCAAAUGCUGCCACAGAUUCAGGAGGAGUUUGGCUACUACCAGGAAAAUCAAAAACCGAAGUAUGCAGCGUUUAGGCUAGGGUCGACAGAGUCGGUGGACAACUCGGAUAUGGACUGGCAGCGAAUGGGGCCAAAUACACAAAAAGGCAAUUUCUUGGUGCACUCAACACCAUCGCUUGGACCUGCACCUGCACCGGCAGAGGUUAAAGCUAAUAAUGAGCACAUAUCCGUGCCACCAUUAAACACGCUCCGAUUGCAGCCAACACGCUAUAAGACCAAGAAUGCCAUCAUGAGCAUUGUGGCAAAUGGCGAAGUAGUCAUUGAAUUUAUAAAGUGCAAAAGUAGAAUGAAUGAAGAUCGAAUUGUUGAUAUUUGUCGCAUUUCCAACGACGGGCGCCGUAUAAUAAUCUAUCAACCGGAUCCUGGGCGCGGAUUGCCCAUAAGAGAGAAACCUUCGGAGCUUCACGCAAACGGCAUGGAUAAUGCUUACACUUAUGAUAACUUGCCUAGCAAACACUGGAAGAAGUACGUCUAUGCAGCGCGGUUCGUGGGCUUGGUGAAGAGUAAAACUCCAAAGGUGACUUAUUUUAGCAAAUUGGCGAAAUGUCAUCUAAUGGAGAACAUGGCUGAUUUCGAGAUGAGCUUUUAUUCUGGCGCAAAGUUGACCAAGUCUCCCAGUGAAGGUAUUAAAGUGCAUGAUGCUAACGGUGCAUUGCUCUCAGAUCACGCAACUGGCGAGGCGAAACGUUUGAUUGAACACAGCAAUGAAUGCUUCGCCCACUGCCUGAGCAUCUGUAAUGCACUGGAGCUGGCACAAACUGGCAGCAAUACUUGCUUUCCAGUCACGAUUGGAAGGAGACCCAUUGCAGAAGUGUUGCCCGCACAACGCUCGGAAAGUCUGAGGGAUACAACCAAUUUUAUGUACUCUACGCCCAAAUCGCAGCAGGGCUCAAUCAACUUCUCCAUUAGCACCAUCUCUUCGAUGCGCAGUGAUAGUGAUUUGAUUGGAUCUCAGAUGUUAGCUGCUCAGCAGAAUGUGCCCAUAAAGCGGCUAAAUAUUCAAGGCAUCGGCACUGCCACUGAGCUGUCCCAUGGAGUUGUCCAAGUACAAUUCUAUGACGGAUCAGUUAUUUCUGUUAUACCCGAAACGCAGGGUGGAGGCAUAACAUAUACGCAGCCCAAUGGGGUAUCCACCCACUUCCCCAGCCAUGACGACCUGCCAUUGGCUGUUAGGGAGCGAGUCUCCCAACUGCCCCAGGUGCAGAUGAAGUUGAGGUGUGCUCCUUUGCUAAAUGGAAAAAAGUUUGACUGCAACGCGAUAAACUCAAAGCCGACCACGUCGGCACCUUGGCACAAUCGCAUGCUAAUCUAGAUAAAAUCUCACCGU